AUGAAGACGAUCCCCAUCAUCCGCGACAAGCGAGUCCAUCCUGCCACUGACGGCGCUUACAGCUAUGACGUUGAGACUGGGGAUGGCAUCGUCAGGCACGAGUCUGGCGGUCCAUGUGGCGCUCAACAGGGAACCUUGGUUCUGUCCAUGCUGCUGGUUGCGUCUGUGGCUGAGAGACAUUCCGUCUCCUACGACGCCAGUGCAUCCCGCCCAUCCUCACCUGUACAACAGAUUCCCAUCAUCCGCGACGAGAGAGUCCAUCCUGCCGCUGACGGAACUUACAGCUUUGACGUUGAGACUGGGGAUGGCAUCGUCAGGCACGAGUCUGGCGGUCCAGGUGGCGCUCAACAGGGAACCUUGGUUCUGUCCUUGCUGCUGGUUGCGUCUGUGGCUGAGAGACAUUCCGUCUCCUACGACGCCAGUGCAUCCCGCCCAUCCUCACCUGUACAGCAGAUUCCCAUCAUCCGCGACGAGAGAGUCCAUCCUGCCGCUGACGGAACUUACAGCUUUGACGUUGAGACUGGGGAUGGCAUCGUCAGGCACGAGUCUGGCGGUCCAGGUGGCACUCAACAGGGAACCGUCAGCUUCACCUUCACAAAUGGUCAAGUCUUCAGUCUCCAGUUCGUCGCUGAUGUUAACGGUUACCAACCUCAGUCGCCCUUCCUACCCGUCGCCCCUGCAUUCCCCCACCCAAUCCCCGCCCACGCCCUCGAGCAGAUCGAACGUGGUCGACUCGAACUUGAAGCUCGCGCCCGUGAAGAGCAACGUCAGUCCUCAAGCCAGGGACAAGCCGCACCUGCUAGCCACUACGGCCAACCUUAG